AUGAAUUUUAUUUCAGAGGCCCUGGAAUCACAGAUUCAGCACACUCAAACAAGAAAAGAUCAGCAAAACUUAAAAACCAAAUUUCGACUUUAUAGAGACCAAACUGAAGAAAGCUGUCUGAUUUUGUUUAAUCAGUUGGAGACUCUUGACCAAUGCAGUUUCAAUGCCUCUCUUCCUCUGGUGAUGAUAGUCCAUGGAUGGUCGGUAGAUGGGAUUUUAGAAGAYUGGAUUGGGAAAAUGGCAGCAGCUCUGAAGUCUUAUCACAAACAAACUAAUGUGAUCAUUGCAGAUUGGCUUACACUUGCUCACCAGCACUAUCCCAUAGCUGUACAGAACACACGCCACAUAGGACAGGAGAUAGCAGAGUUCCUGGAAUGGCUGGAGGAAUCUAUUCAAUUUUCCAGAAGCAAUGUUCAUCUAAUUGGGUACAGCCUAGGAGCUCAUGUUUCAGGCUUUGCUGGCAGUUACAUUAGGGGUACAAACAAGCUUGGAAGAAUUACAGGCCUUGACCCUGCUGGUCCCCUGUUUGAAGGAAUGUCACCAACAGACCGUUUAUCUCCAGAUGAUGCAAACUUUGUAGAUGCAAUUCAUACAUUCACUAAGCAGCACAUGGGGCUCAGUGUCGGCAUCAAACAGCCUGUGGCCCACUUUGACUUUUAUCCCAAUGGAGGCACCUUUCAGCCUGGCUGUCACAUCAUGCACAUGUAUAACCACAUUGCACAGUAUGGAAUCACUGGCAUCACUCAAACUGUGAAGUGUGCCCACGAGAGGUCAGUUCACCUGUUCAUCGACUCACUGCUGCACAAGGACAAGCAAAGCACGGCCUACUGGUGCAACGACAUCAGCACCUUCGAGCGGGGAAUGUGCCUGAGCUGCCGCAAGAACCGCUGCAACACGCUGGGCUACAACAUCCGCGAGGAGAGGCUGACCAAGAGCCGGCGCCUCUUCCUGAAGACCCGGGCGCACAUGCCUUUCAAAGUCUAUCACUAUCAGUUCAAGAUCYAUUUCAUCAAUGAAAUUCAGGAAAAGCAGAUAGAACCAACUUUUACCAUCUCUCUGACAGGCACAAAAGAAGAUGCCAAAAAUCUAGCCAUCACAYUAGUUGAAGGUAUUAGUGAGAAUAAAACUUACUCUUUUCUCAUCACAYUGGACACUGAUAUUGGUGAACUAAUAAUGAUCAAGUUCAAAUGGGAAGGAACAGCAGUCUGGGAAAAUAUCUGGGACACAGUUCAAACUAUAAUUCCCUGGACAAAAGGCACCCGUCGACCAGGGCUUAUAGUGAAGACAAUACGAGUAAAAGCAGGUGAAACACAGCAAAAAAUGACAUUUUGUUCUCAAAGCACUGACAACAUUCAUCUAUAUCCAGCCCAGGAGAAAACAUUUGUGAAAUGUGAAGAUCGCUUUCCAAAGCAAAAAAGAAAGUUUACAUGA